AUUUAAUUUAGGUUCAUAAUUCAUUAAUGUUCGCUAACCUUCCUGGAAAAGUAGCAUUGAUCACUGGUUCAACAAGCGGCAUUGGUUUGUCUGUUGCAAAGAAAUUGGCAUCUCAAGGUGUUCAUAUCGGACUCAAUGGAUUUGCAAAGCCAGAGGAAGUCACAGCCAUCAGAAAAGAAAUAGAGGGCUAAUUCAAAGUAAAGACAUUCUAUCACGGCGCAGAUUUGAAGGAAGGACCAUAAGUAGAUUUCACAAAUAUCGAUAGGUUAAAAGUAUGGUGUAGGAAACAAGCAAGGCUUUAGGAAGUGUUGAUAUCUUAGUCAAUAAUGCUGGAAUUCAAUACAUUGAGUCAGCAGUAAACUUCCCAGAGUAGAAAUUCAACGACAUUAUAGCAAUAAAUCUCACUGCUGCAUUUCUUACAACCAAAUAUGCAUUGCCAUAAAUGCUUGAUAAAAAUUGGGGUCGUAUCAUCAAUAUCGCAAGUGUUCAUGGUAUUGAAGUUAUUCUCAUAUGAUAGGGUUGGUCGCUUCUGUGAAUAAGUGUGCAUAUGUGGCUGCAAAACAUGGAAUUGUUGGAUUAACAAAGGCAACAGCUCUUGAGGUUGCUAAGACAGGAGUUACUAUCAAUGCAGUUUGUCCUGGAUGGGUAAUGACCAAAUUGAUUGAGACACAAAUCUAAUAAAGGGCUGAUUAAUAUAAGAUAUCAUUUGAAGAAGCUUAAAUCAAAUUAUUAGAAGAGAAAUAACCCUCUGUCACUCCAGUGCAAACUGAAUAGUUGGGAGAUUUGAUUACAUUCUUAUGUUCAAAUUCAGCUUCACAAAUCAAAGGAUCCACUUAUACCAUGGAUGGAGGAUGGACAGCAUAAUGAUCUAUAAAAUAAUUAUAUAAAAGUUAAU